UAACCCUAGGUGCGAACCAAUUGUUUUUGCCCGGAAGGCUAGAGCGUGCCUGCCUCGCUACCCAAACAAACAGAAACCCCUCAAGCUUCCUUUAGGGAUAACGCCCAGGGAAAAUUCGCUUAACAGCCAUGUUUAGAAGAAAUUUAUCCAUUCUUUCUCGGCUCUUUGCAUCUUCUCAAUCUUCCUGUCAACCCCGCGUAAAAAUAAAAUUCAUGAACAAGAAAGAAUCAAAUGACGAAGAUGGAGAAAUGCAUGAAUUGGGGAGAUGAUGCAAAUGCAUCAAGUGAUCAAGACCUUGCAAAUAGCUCACAAGUACAAGACAGUGUUCCUAAUUUGUCAUUUAUGCCAAUUGUACAUGAAGGGCGAAACCAGGUCAAGGAUGCUUGCCAAAGACUAAACAUGACCUCUAGAUACUAUGUUGGGAACAAGAAAGCCAAGACUACAACAAGGAACAACAACAUACACUUGGAAAUGGGAACAGACAGCAGAUCCCAGACCAAAGCAUUUUCUGACGACCAGCAGACCUUGCUGAGUCCCCUGAGCGCAGAACCGUAUCAUCCAGACCCUGAUCAAGGUUGGGAUGUCAUCUUUGCACAUGGGCCAAACCAUCUAGGUCCCAGGAUCUCACUGAUAGACCACGUGGCAUCCUAGAGGCUGAGUGAAAGGAGGGCUGUCUGACAGAUUUUCCAGAUCAGAAUGUACUUAAGUAUUUUGUCUUCUGUUUCUGUUUUUUAAGCGCCUUGUAUUUAGCACGUGUUCUUUAAUUAAGGGUGUGAUUAGUUUUAGCCGUUAAGGUAGUUGAGUGCUCUAUAUAAGGAGAGCCUCAUCCCAUGUAAUAAACGUUCAAGCAUUUGAUUUCAUUUUGAUUCAAUACAAGUGAGGUAUUUCAGAAAGUUGUUUCUGUUUUCCUU